GGAAAACGAGCUUCAAUUCACAAAUCUCGUCUUGAAGUCCCUCGAGCGAGAUGGCCACAUCUAUACACGACUGCAGAUAUGACAAGCAUUACUUCCCUCGAGAAUUGAGCACAGUUUUUCUUUUCCCGUCGGUCAAGCAUCUGGGAUCACGGUGAAGUAUACAGCACAGGAGGGUGAAGAAGAGCAAGCAAGAAAAUAAGUGGAACAACAGGGUUCUGGCUGAAUGCACUAGUGUUCCACCCUCCCAUAACCUUAUUUAUCCGGACCCGUUUCGGCUGGAAGAACAAGCAUUCGAAAUGAAUGGCCAAAAACUGAGGACACUUUUCUCAGAAAGGUCCAAAAUAAAGAAGAAGACGACGACAACGGUGAGCGCUCUGAAUAUAGACGAAGCGUAUGGAAGUAGCCAAAGUGAAACUGACCCGCAACAACACACUUGUGCAUCCAAAAAUGAGUGCAAUACUGAUGUCCUAAAUGGGAUCGCUCUGAGUCAGGCUCCUGAAUCUCAAGACUUAUCCUCGCCAAGUGAAAAUGUGACUCGCAUCGUCAGUAAUCUCCAAAGGCGGAGAUCUUGGCCACUUACCAAUGUCGAACCAAGUGUCACGAGUCAAGAUUGUGAAGUGAUUGAAGAUGAUCCCGAGUUCUUGGAUCCGUUGGACGUUGGCGACGAAAAGCGCUCAUCAAAAGCGUUAACAAGGUCUGGAAAUUCCCAUCAAGAUUCCACCAUUUCAGGCUUAUUGUCUUUGAUGUCGUCCAGUUCGAGAACCAUGUCCAAAGGUGCCCGCGGCCAGUCGGAUACCAAUCAUACUGGUAACACAAUGAUGACCAAACCCAUUCAGAACCACUAUCAUCCCGUGAAUGGAUUGAAAUUGCCGGAUUUUCUGGUUUUGGACAAGAAUGGGGGACAACAAUCGUGUUCAACCCGAAAGCGACGGAUUGCCAGUAUCUUCCAGCAUUAUUACCCGGAGGGCCAUUGGGGGUUUGUUAUCCUGGUUUGUGCCUUUAUUGUCCAAAUGCUCACACACGGCACACAAUUAUGUUUUGUGGGCAUUCUAUCGCUUAUCAUUCGCCGAAGAUGGAGGCUGGAAGAUGAAGAUAACAAGACAAUUGUCGGAGAUCCAGUCACACUCAUUGGGUCUUUGGGGGCCGUAUCUCUGUCCGUGUCGUUAUUGGUCUCACCCUUGACUGUAGCUAUUUGUCGGAGAAAAUCAACCCGUCUAACGGCCGUCUUAGGCGGAUUGAUUACAUCGUUGGCUUGUCUCUUCACUUCAUUUGCCAGUCAAUUCCAUCAACUGUUCUUCAGCUACGGGAUAUUCUUUGGCAUUGGUGUGGGAAUGAGUCGCGAUGCGGCUCUCCUCAUGAUCGGGCAAUAUUUCAAGCGAAGGCGUGAAUGGGUGGAAAUGGUUUUCUCGUCAGGCAGCGGCUUGGGCAUGGCCCUCAUGACGGUUUUCCUUCACACCUCCAUCAAGGGCUUGGGUUGGCGUCUGGGUUUGCAGUGUGUGACAUUCUCGAUGCUGUUUGCAUUCAUCUUGGGCACGUUCUACCGCUCGGCCUCGUUGUAUCACCCCCAGCGACGCGCGAUUCUGCAUUUGAAAAGCCAGAGGCGGAAAAUCAAAAACAAAGACAAGGACAAGAACCGAGCGGCUCAAGAGGACAAGCCGCCUUAUUUUGACGGCACCACACUCAAAAGCCGUACCAUUCAAAUCCUCCUCGUGUCCAUCCUUGUCAGCUCCAUGGGACUUUAUACACCAGUCUUCUUCUUGCGAGAAUCGAUGCAAACCAUUUCCGUUUCGUCGAGUCUCAUGUCCUCUAUUCAAAUGACGUGGACGUGUUGUGGGUUUAUGUGUAUUUGGGCCUGGCUUGGGCCGUGGGAUGUUUCACUUUCGUGGGAUCAUUGUCAACAAAUCAAGGGACGUUGCCAUUUCCAGACAAUAUCUCUGCCAAGCAUCUCUUUUGCUGUGUGGCAUUUCCAUUAUGACCUUCGGGACCAUUGAAGGCUACAAAGAGCGGUGCUCUUUGUGUGGAUAUAUGGGGUUUUUGGGGGCUACCACCAUGCACUAAAGAUGUAUCUCUAUGAGAAGGUUCGCUCCCGCAACUUUGCUUCCACUUGGAGCUUUGCCCAAUUCGUCCAAGGCUUGGCUAUCAUUGUGGGCAUUCCACUUUCAGGCUAUCUGAGUGCAACCUGGGGGAUUCAGAGGGCCAUGACAGCGAGCUCACUGAUUGUUUUGAGCUCUGCAAUCAUCAUCAUGUCCCUCAUCAUUGUUCAUCGGCAAAAUCUGCGUAAGAAACAGCUCCGCCAUCAAAGGCACAAGCAAAACAAGGCCAAUUUGAGAAAUGGCUCAUUGACCCCAAUGAGUUUGGGGAUCAUCCCGGAAAUUAUGUCUCAACAGAGCCACUCCAAAGAAUCGAUGACAGAGCCCCAUCAUCCCAGCAAACUCGUAAAAGGAUGGACCAAGCUCUCGUCGAUCCAAAAUAAUCCAGUAUUAAUGGAGCAACUCCUGACCUUGUCCGAUCACUACGAUGGGGGCGUGGCUUCCACGGGCCUCCUCGGGUUGGUCGGUGGAGGAGGUGGGAGCUCCAAAUCUCGAUCUCUCCAUCAUUUGGAGGAGGAGGGCUCACUGGAGGAAAACAGUCAGAAAGAGGAGGCUUCGAUCUUCUCGGAGGAAGGCAUCGCUGACAUGGAUCUACCGGAUCACCUUCUUUUGGAGGAAAUCGAAUUCCUCGAUAACAUCACGUCGUGCAAUAAGGUUGAGAACUACCUAAUGCUUAGCGAAUACGAACAGAACCUGAUCAAGGAGACGGAGAUUCCUGAAGCCGGAAAACCCACCCCACGAAAGAGGUCCUUGUUCCGGAAAUUAAGUCAUAUUGGACCCGUGGUCCUCGAUAGUGGGAGUCCUAUUAACUCUCAAAACCAUAACAAUCAUCCUCGCUGUAGUACAAGUCAGACGGUCCCCUCAGACGGAAAUGGGGACGACUACCACCCGGAGACCCCACCCAGUGCCUCUGAUCCCCAAGCGCCGUUGCGAAAACCCAAAGAGAUCCCGACCUUUCAAAGCGCGUCCCGACGAUGGGCCAACAGUCGUUUGUUCCCGACGGUCAAACGUAGUAUUACUGUCAUCGAGGAAAACUCAAUAUAGCCUCAAGAUCCAAUGGUUGACUCCGGACACCGGCCGGCCGCUCGGUGGAAGUUUACGGAUGCAACGAGGGCAGCAGGCUCUCAUGAACUAGGGCUGUGAUGAUGAUAACAAUAAUAAGAGUAAUAAUGAUAAUAACCAAAAGCAAUAACGUUGAUAAUACAUAAAGAACACUCACGACGUUACCGAUUCUCAUCCAAUGACAAUAAAAGUGUGGUUUUUACAA